AUGCACCGAGAGGCUCAAGAGCCUCCUGCCGGUCUGCUGGACAGGCUACAGCGGCUAGCAGGCUACACGUGGGACGAGUCGAGGCAAUUUCGCUCCAGCUAUGGCAUAUGGCAUAUUGUCGGCACAAAGCACCUCGUCGACACCACCAGCGCGCGUCAUGUUCUGCCCGCCCGUCCUCGGAGCGUCUCGUCUCUCGAACACCUGAACGUUGGCGCAAACGUGGUCACGCCGCCGUGUGAUACGCGCAAAGGUCGGGAGAGUGCGCUGGAAGUGGUGGCGCGUAUCUCUGAGAACCCGGGUCAGGAAGAAAAGGUUCAGGAGGAGUACCGGAGGCUGGCCGCCGUGGCCGAUCCCCGCUACAAUUGUCUCCUGCGGCCCUUGGAGGUGCUGCGAUUCCCCAGUCGCAAUCAAGAGCGCGAGCCACCGCUCGUGGUUUGCAUCUACGAGAGCCCCGGUCCGAAUGACUUGUUGAAAUACGUGGACUGCGGCGCGACCUGGUAUCGCGAGGUUCCCAAGGGGGAUGAGAGUGACGAGGAUCAUGAUAACAACCAGGACGAGGACGAGCCUAUGUCGCUGUCCACCUUUCUGGAUUUUGCCAUCGGCGCCACGGAGAGCAUCAAGAUCCUCCAUAGCCAGCAGAUUGUCCAUGGGGAGAUCAGGGCCGAUGCUUUUCACUUCAGCGAAGAGACUGGCAGGGUGAAACUGAUUCACCUGGGGGCAGGUCUGCGGCGGUACCACUCCGACCUCCGAAAUGCAACAUGGUCCGCUCUGGCCGAGCAGGACGGUGCUACGGCCCGGAUGUCAUACAUGAGCCCCGAGCAAACUGGCCGGACGCCCAUUCAGCCCGACAGUCGCGCGGAUAUCUACUCCCUGGGCAUCCUCUUGUGGAGCGCUCUGGUCCGUGAGACCCCAUUUGGCGGCAAGACCCCCAUGGAAAUCAUCCGAGCGGUGCUGGGAGAGGAACUUCCUCUCGUAUCGAGCUUGCGACCGGAUGUUCCGGAGCUCAUCGCGCGAGUCAUCGCCAAAGCAACAGCCAAGAAUGUCUCGGAGCGGUACCAUUCCGUCAGUGGUCUGCGACAUGACCUGGUGGAGUUGCGGAGGCUACUGGCUGCCAAAGAGCGUGACGAGGACGGCAAGGAUGAAGAGCAAGCAGCGACAGCGGCAGAACUUGAUAACUGGAAAAUUGGCAGCAAGGAUGUCUCUCCGUUCUUCACGCUGCCGCGCAUCAUGGUGGGCCGGACCCAGGAGCGAAAUGCCAUUGUGGAGAUUCUGGACCGGACGUAUCAGAUGUACCAGGGAGGCAGAGGGCUGCAGCUGUCCUCGCUGCCAGAAGGUCAAUUCGCCACGUUCGAUGCCUUUGCCCUGCCCGGCGACACCCCCGGCGAAGAGGAUGGCCCCAACCCGACGGACGGAUUUCCCAACUUGCUGACCUCCACAAACGGCCCCGCCAGUGGCUUCCGCCGGUCAUAUCCAGCCAAUACGACCCGGAUGCGGUCCCCUGCCGGCUCGCGGUAUGGUUCGUUCGAGAGCGUCGACUCCGCACCAGGAGCGUCGGACACAAAGACGGCCGACAAGCGACUGUCUACCCCAUCGAUUGACAGCGCCAGUGUUGAGGGUAGCUCCCGAUCCAGCGACAGUGCCGGUAGGACAGCCGCGCAUCGCAUGAUGGUGCCGAAAGGGCGGUGCGAGCUGAUCACCAUCGAAGGCGGUGCUGGCUUGGGCAAGACCCGGCUGAUCACUUCCGUGCAGAUUGAAGCCAGACAACGCGGCUUCUUUGCCAGUUCCCGGUUUGAUCCUGCCGCCAAAGAACGGUUGCGUCCGGUUCUGCAGCUCUUUUCCAGCCUGUUCGAGCAGGCGUUCUCGGAGAAUACCAUUGAGCCGAGCUUCCUGCCGAUGUUGAGGAAUCAUAUCGGGUCUGCGUGGAACACUCUCCACAAGGUACUGGGGCUUCCGAAAUUCCUCCUGGGAUCGAUUCCCGACGUGCCAGAGCAGGCGUCAAAGACUCAUACUGCCGCAAUCCCGUUAUCCUCCCGCCACACCGGGACUCUGAGUUCUCACGAAUUCCUUCGGACAGGAUCGUCUACCAAGUCCUUGCCUCUCGUGCGGACCUUGCUGGAUAUUCUGCGAGCCUUCUCGCGAUACAAACCGCUGUGUCUCUGCCUGGAUGAUCUCCACUUUGCAGACGAAGAGUCGUUGGAGCUUGUUGCUCAGAUCGUCUCCGCGAGGAUCCGAAUGGUGAUGAUUCUGGCUUACCGGCCGGAAAAUACCUCGGAAAUGACCAACCAUAUCUUAGAUCUUUGUACCAAUGAAGCAGGGUUUCGAAAGGGAAGAGAUGUAGGUAUCACCACUCUGACCCUGUCUCCACUCAACGAAGACAGCGUGAUGGAAUAUGUAGCAAACACCCUCUACCUAUCCGUCCCUCUCAUCUGGCCCUUGGGGGCGCUCAUUCAAUCCCGGACUGGUGGGAACCCGUUCUAUAUCCGAGAAAUGUUGAGCGUGUGCUACCGACAGAAGUUCGUCUGGUAUGACUACCAGGAAGGAUCGUGGUCGUUCGAUCUCCCCCGCAUAUCGGAUUAUUUCAAGGCAGACGACUACCACGAGGCCGUCCUCGAUGAUUUCUUGGUCGGUCGGUUGAAUAGCUUACCGCCUGUCUCCAAGUCAAUUCUGGCCUGGGCCUCCUCGGUGGGCAUGACGUUCUCAUUUCAACUGGUCCGGAGGCUUCUCAGCGCCGACAGGACGGCGUCCGAAGCGGGCUUGCCCGAGGGCGAGAUGAUUCAAGCGCUUCAGCCCGCCGUCGAAGCCUACGUGAUCGCUCCCACAAAGCACCAUGACGUCUUCUCUUUCACGUAUAACCGGUAUAUGCACAUUGCAGCGUCAUUCCACACGCGAGCCAAAGACCAUGUGAACUUCAUCAAAGCACAAGUGCUGUUCCAGUACUAUUCCCACGAUGACAAGUAUCGCAAUAUGCUGGCCUCGGCCCUCAUCGAAUCCGCCCCGGUCAUCAGACGCUCCGUGACCCAAAGACAGCCCUUCCGAAAGUUUCUCGUGGAUCAUGCGAAAGCGGCCAACGAGACCGGCUUCCGCUCGACCGCCAUCGACUCGUAUGCGUGUUGCAUUGUCCUGCUUCAGGAUAACGUGUGGGAUGACAACGCAGAGGAUGUGAGCUAUGACGAGACGCUGCACAUAUAUACCGCCGCUGCAGAGUGCUACCUGUACCAAGGACAGCAUGCCGAAGCCAAUCGCUUGCUGCAGUCGAUCCUCUCUGAUGCUCGGAGCGCGGUGGACAAGGCCCCCGCGUGGAUCUUGCAGUCUCGCAUGCUCGCGCAGCAAGGGAACUCUACUGAUGCUUUCCAGGCGCUGAAAGCGUGCCUCGUGACUCUGGGGCUCAAUGUCGACGAGGACCCGACUUUCGCGAAAUGCGACCAUCAAUUCCGGCGGCUGCGCGAUGCCAUUUCAGCGAUCGAGUCGGAGGGCAUCGCCGAAGAGACCCCUGUGGAGCAACCCAACUUGGCUGCUGCCGGUGCGGUUCUCGUCGAGGCCACCAGGGCUGCUUUCUGGUCCGAUACGCUGACCUUUUACCAAAUGACCCUGGUCAUGGUUGAUACCUAUCUCACUCGCGGGACGUUUCCCCAGGCCGGCAUGGGACUCCUGCAGUUGGCGGUGAUUGCCAUCUCUCGGGACAAUGCGAUCUCCUUCGCAAGCCAUUGCGGGGACCUCGCCUUGGCCCUGAUCGAGCAAUGGAAAGAUCCACAUACCAUGGGACGUGGCAUCGCGUUAUACUCGACCUUUGUGGGUCAUGUCAAACAUCCUGUCCAGUCCUCUAUCGGGCAACUGGAGGGGGCUUUGGAUUUUGCCAUCCGCGCCGGUGACAGGAUCGCGACAAUCUUGAAUUAUGGGUUUCUGGCCACCGCCAAGUUCUUUGCCUCUGAAAAUCUAGCGGAGCUGGAGAGCUUUUGCGUCUCCAGUUGUGAGGACAUUCCUUGCUGGCAGUCAGACACGCCCGGCGGCACGAUCCUCAUGGCUAUCUGCCAGGUCUGCCGUGCUCUGCAGGGGAAAACAUUCACACACGACCCGAUGGGAGUGAUGAGCUGCGAGGAGCACAAUUCGACCGCCUACAAGCAUUGGCUGGUGAAAACGAUCAAGAACAGCGACCGCCCCCUCAUGCUCUAUGAAAGCAUGGAGAUGGCUCCCUUAUUCCUUUACGGGCACUACGCGCGAGCGGUGGCCCUGGGAAAUUCCUGCCUCAAGAAGAUCAACGCUGUCUGGUCCGCACGGGACACGCGGUUCCUUAUGUUCUUCCAUUCCCUUUCUCUCGCCGGAUCUGUAUGGGCCCGGAAGCAGGAGCAGCUCGAUCGGGCCUCGGACGAUCCCGCUCUGAAGGAAGACAUCAUCGGCCUGGCGAGGAUGCUGAGGUAUUUCAGGCGGAGGAUCGAACAAUGGCAGGCUGUUUCGGAUGUGAACUAUCUGGCGUGGUCUAAGAUGCUCGGCGCCCAGAUUGCAGAGAUGGAGGGUCACCAAGCCGCGGCUCUAUGUCUUUACCAAGACGCUUUAGAUCAUGCGUCCACCCAUGGCUUUCUUUUUGAAGAGGCCUUGGCCCACCAUCUGUUGGCUGGCCACCUGAUACGCGAGGGCUCUCUCCGACUAGGCACUCUGGCCCUCAAAGAGGCGGCUACGCUUUACCGGCGGAUGGGAGCCACCGGAGUGGCGGAACAUAUCCUGCAGUCGCGUAAUGUGGAACCAAAGGCAAGGGACGCGCGCGAGGCUGCUACUCAAACUGAUGCGGAAGAAAUGAGUGUCCCGACGAGACCACAAGUGACCGCUACGUCCACCGACGACACCUCCAGCAUUGAAGAUGCCGUGGCAGACCGUGCCCUCCACAUAUUGGAUCUCACCUCCAUCCUGGAAGCGUCACAGGUGAUUUCCAGCGUUCUGCGGGUGGAUGAGCUACUCCGUACCAUGUGCAAGAUCAUCAUGCAAAGCUGCCAUGGCGUCGCCACUCUCGCCGCCAUUAUCACCAACGAGGAGCAGAACGUCGGGUGGGCAGUGGCCGCCAGUGGUAAUGCGGCCGGACACAUCAAAGUACAUAAUCCUCCAACACCCAUCCGCCACUCCAACCUUGUGGCCGAGAGCGUCGUGAACUACUGCGUGCGCUUCCGCGAAGCGGCGUACUUGCCGGACGUCCUCCGGGAUCCGCGGUUUAGCCACGUGAGUGAAACCUGGGUCGCGCAGAACCCGGUCAGCAAAUGCGUCAUGGCCUUGCCCAUUUCGCCCGGCGGCGACGAGAGUGGACCCAAUGUGGUGCUGUAUCUGGAGGGUCCCCCGAACGCCUUCUCGUAUCGCACCCGGGUCGUUUUGCAGCUGCUCGUGGUGCAACUCGGGAUCAGUUAUUCCAAUGCGCUGACCCUCCAGGAAGUCGAACGCGUGUCCACGAUCAAUCAAUCCAUGGUUGAAGCGCAGAAGAAGGCCCUGGCGGAAGCUAUGGCGGCUGAGCAGGAGGCGAAUAUCGCCAAGGCAGAGGCCCUGCAUCAUGCCAAACUGGCCGAAGAGGCAGCCAAGGCCAAGAGCAGCUUCCUCGCCAACAUCUCCCAUGAGCUCCGGACUCCCCUGAACGGGGUUAUUGGCAACUCAGAGCUCUUGCUCGGCAGUCCACUGCCGGAGGCGCAGUUGGAAAUGGCCGAGUCGAUCCGCAUGUCCGCGAACCUGCUCCUCGCCGUGAUCAAUGACAUCCUGGACUUCUCCAAAGUCGAGGCGAACAAGAUGCAGUUGCACAUUGUUCCCUUCGAUGUCGAGAGAAUGGUCCUGGAAGUCGUCCGCUCGAUCCCGACCGACUCUACGAACGGGCCAAAGUCGAGCCAUGUCCACAUCAUGCACGACAUUCAGCUCCAGGAAACCCGUUACGUGCAUGGUGACCCCGUGCGCCUGCGGCAGAUCCUCGGAAACCUGGUCGGCAACAGUCUGAAAUUCACGGAAAAGGGGUCCAUCACCAUCGGAGCCCGCGCGGAAAACGAAACCGAGGACUCUGUGCGUCUCUCCUUCUGGGUGGCCGACACGGGGAUCGGCAUCCCCGCUGCACUUAUCCCCCGGCUGUUCAAGCCCUUCACCCAAGCCGAUGCCAGUACCGCGCGCCGGUUCGGAGGUACCGGACUCGGGCUCAGUAUCUGCAAACUUCUGGUGGAGUUGAUGGGCGGCACCGUCGACCUCAAGAGCACCGAGCACGUCGGAACGACCGUUUCCUUUGCCAUCACAUUACCCAAGGCGAACCCGGGAGAUUCGGGACGCACUACACCGACACGGUCCAGCGACGGUGCCCAGGGCGGCAUCGAUCAACCGCUCCCCCCGGAAUUAAUGGAUCUGUCCAACAUCCACCUCCACGACCUCCGCGUCUGCAUCGCAGAAGACAACCUCAUCAACCAAAAGAUCACCGUCCAGUUCCUCAAAAAACUGGGCUUUACCCGGAUAGACACCUACAACAACGGCCUCGAAGCCGUCGAAGGCAUCCAGAGGCAAGCAACCCAGGACCGACCAUACCACAUGAUCCUGAUGGAUGUUCAGAUGCCCGUCAUGGACGGGUAUGACGCCACGCGGCGUCUGCGCCAGGAUCCCGUGGACGCUGUCAGGCAGAUCCUCAUUAUCGCGCUGACGGCGUCGGCCAUCCAGGGAGAUCAGGAGCGCUGUUUGGCGUCGGGGAUGAAUGAUUAUCUGGCCAAGCCGGUCCUGCUGCAAGCUUUGAAGAAGAAGUUUAGUAAGUAUUUGAGGAUGUGA